UCGAUGGAACUAUCGAUUGCUUGCAGCUGUAUUAUAACAAAAAUAAAUAAAGUAACUUGGAUUGCAUUGAAGAAAAAAGUCCACAGGUUUUAUAAUCGCCGCCUCACAAAUGCUGCUGUACGUGUGAAAACGGGGAAAACUCUUUAGAGGCUCAAGUCAUAGCCAAUUUGGAAAAACUGUAAACAGAAAAACACAAAGCAGUGCUGUGUGCGUGUGUGUGUGAAUAUUAGUGUGGGCGCCGCGUAAACAACAACACCAACACCAACACCAACAAUGGUCGGAAUUAUUGAUGAAACGCAGCUGUUUUAUCCCUUGGGGACACGCAUCAAAAUAGCAAACAACUACGGGACAGUGCGAUAUGUGGGCGAGGUGAUCGGGCAUAUGGGCACUUGGCUGGGCAUCGAGUGGGAUGACGGCAUGCGAGGCAAGCACAAUGGAAUUGUGGAUGGCAAGCGAUACUUUCAAACGCAAAUGCCCACCGCUGGAAGUUUCAUACGUCCGGGAAAGGUGGGUCCGUGCGCCAGCCUGGAGGAUGCUGCCCGCGAGCGGUAUCUGAACUACGACUCAAGCAAUGUGGAUGAAUCGUUGAUACGGGAGGCCCAGGCCAGUCUUCAGGCCUCGCUAUUCGAGGUGGUGGGGAUGGACAAGAUAGCGCGCAAGCAAAGCAAGUUCGAGCAACUUUCGGAAGUGAGCGUCGAUGAGACGCCAGUGAACUCGGCCGGGUACCUGAAGGAUUUUACGCAGUUGACGACGUUGAAUGUGAACCACACGCUGAUUUGGAACUGGGAAACAGUGGCAAGCAUUACGCAGCAGCUGCCAUCCUUGAAGAAUCUGAAUCUUAGCUCUAAUCGAUUGGUCUUGCCCUCGGCAUCACAAAUUGCGGAGUUGGAGCCUGCCUUCCGUCAUCUGAAGCACAUAAAUUUAAGUAGUUGCGGCUUCACUGACUGGAAGGAUGUCAUGCAGACGGCCUUGCUCUGGCCGCACAUUGUGUCGUUGAGUCUGCAGGAGAACCCUCUGAGUCAACUGGCUGUGGUCGACUGCAAGCGGAUUUUCACUCAGCUGCAGGAACUAGACUUGCAUCGCACAAACCUUAUGGAUUUCGAUCAAGUUGUCAAGUUGAGCAAUAUCACCACAUUGCGCUCAUUGAAUCUCAUAGAGAACGGAAUUGAGGAGAUUAAGUUGCCCGACUGUCAGCCUCAGGACAAACUCAACAUUUUUGUGUCUCUGGAGAAACUCAACCUACUCCAUAAUCCCAUUUGGAAUGAGGCCGCUGCAUUCAACGAGUUGGAUAAGCUGCCGAAGCUGAACCACCUGUGCAAGACGCCGCAUUUGAAGUCAAACUUUGAUGAAAUGGUAUCCAAAGCUGUUGGCUGCAUUGCCGGAUUGCAGUUUAUCAACAAAGCUAAAGUAACUGCUGGGGAGAGGCGUGGCGCCGAGUACGAUAUUUGGAAGAAAUAUUCCUUGGAGUGGAUGCAGGCGACGCAACAGGGAGCAGAUGCUUUACGCGAGUUCUGCCGAAAGCAUCGCACUUACCCGUUUCUAGUUAAAAAGUAUGGCUCUCCGGCAGACUUUGUUCCAGGCAAACAAGUUAAGAAAUCGAAUCUGAUUAAGCUCUCCAUAGUGCAUCAGGCGACCGGAGAGAUCUGGGAGAAGAAAGUGCCGAGAAUGAUUACAGUGCAAACCUUGCAAGGAUUGGUCAUGAAGCGGUUUCGGCUGACCGACAUUGUUCCCCAGCUGUGUUACCAUGAUGCCAAGCAUCCUGAGCUGGUGGUUCCCCUGGACAAUAAUGCCAAAACUCUGGAUUUUUAUUCAGUGCAGGAACUUGACACAGUUUUGGUUCAGUAGCGGCUGGCCCAUUGCAAAUCGGCUACCAUUAUAUUUUUGGUAUUCAAUAGUGGUAUUUUAGUUUUAGGCAAUGUGCUAAAUUAUUGUUCUGAUUCGUGGCACUUGCAAAAUUCAAUUACUAAUGUUAUCGUUUAGCUACUGAUAAGUUGAAUUGCGAUUAUAUGCGAUAUUUAUAUUCCGUUUUGCUUAUAAAACCUAA